AUGGUCCAGCAGACCCAAUCAGAAGAGCGAACUCUUCAUUUAGUUGGUGUCGGGGUUACCCAUUCAAUUGCCCCCAAAAUGCACAACUAUAUUGCAAAGACCCUUGGUCUGCCCUGGAAGUUUUACGCUACGGAAUGUCAAACAAUCGACGAGCUACAUGAACUUGGUCAAAAGCCCACUACCGCGGGAUUGGUCGUCACAAUGCCAUACAAAGGUUCUAUAAUGGGACGCCUGGACGAGUUGGAUGAUCUUGUUUGCAUUAUCGGCGCCUGUAACAAUGUCUACUAUAAGGAUGGAGACGUGCGACGGCUAUGUGGAACUAACACAGAUUGGAGAGGGAUCAAAGGAUGUCUUCUGGAAAAGGGAGAUGAAGGACGCAGGCCCACCAAGGAAUCCCCUGCAUCGGCUUUGAUCGUUGGUGCUGGUGGCGCGAGCCGGGCAGCAGUAUAUGCCCUUACUAUGCAUCUUCAUUGCCCGAAGAUUUAUGUUCUGAAUCGCGACGAUCAAGAAGUUCUGGAUCUUAUUCGUGACUCGGGAAGACUUCCUACCGUUCCUGAAAUUGUUCAUGUCAAGAGUUUGGAGCAAGCUGAAAGCCUGGAGGGUCCAUACUAUAUCGUUGGCACAGUGCCGGACUUUGCGCCAUCUACAGAUUCUGAGCUUACUGUGACUUCUGUGUUAGAGUAUUUUCUUUCUCGGUCUGAGAAGGGUGUGCUACUUGAGAUGUGCUUCAAGCCUAGGAGGACCAGGAUGCUUAAGUUGGCGGAGGAGUUAGGGUGGCCAUGUGUCGAAGGAACUCAUGUAAUUGGAUACCAGAUUGAAGAACAAUGGCGUCUUUGGGCUGGAGAAAAACUUAUGUCUAAACUAGAUAGCGCAGGGGCAUGGAGAGUCCUGAACGAGGCUGCUGAGGAAAGCAAAGCAAUCAACUUCUAG